AUCUUAUGAUACGACGUCAUUUCACAGCCCAACCGGGAUCAGUGACCUUCGCAAGGUAUCGACUAUCGACUGGAGCUCGGAGUGUGCAUUCUGGGAAGCCAUGGGGCGUGUUACCAACAGAACCAAGCCAUCGGCGUCGGGAACCGCCGGCAAAUCAGAAAAUCGGCGGAUGAGCAACGCCGACCGUUCGGCAUACUUCGCGAGGAGAGAGGCGGCGAAGAUAUUGCGCCGUGUUCUUGAGGGAGAUGCUCAACGUCGAGCCGUCGCCUCCAUCAAGUCACUCGUUUAUGCUCCAUCUGUUCGGAAUAAGAAGGGCACAUUCGCUCUUGUUUGCAAGACUCUCAAAUACCUCCCCGUAAUCAAGGAUGUGCUUGAGGCUGCUGAUUUAUUGAGCAACAAAUGGAAGAGGCAGAAGGAAUUAAUUUAUGUCAUCAUGUAUGAUAUCCUCUUAGGCCAGAAAACUCAUUUAGCUGGCGAUGCAGAGAAGUUUCUCAUGCGGCAGCAAAGUGCUUUACAAUCUGUGGUUAGACAGCUUUUGUCAAAGAAAAAAGCAAGCAAUAUUGAAGAUUUAAUAGCUCCUGGGGAUGAUCCUGGUGUUUCAAGGCCUCGUUUCAUCCGCGUGAAUACUCUGAAGAUGGAGGUUCACACAGCAAUAAAAGAAUUAGGCAAAAAAUAUGCAGUUCAGAAGGAUGACAUGGUUCCUGACCUCUUGGUACUUCCUCCAGGCAGUGAUUUACAUGAUCAUCCUCUGGUUGCAGAUGGAAGUAUCUUCAUGCAAGGGAAGGCUAGUUCAAUGGUUGCAGUAGCCCUUGAUCCCAAACCAGGAUGGGAAGUCCUUGAUGCAUGUUCAGCUCCGGGUAACAAAACUGUCCACCUUGCCUCUCUCAUGAAGGGGAAAGGAAGGAUCAUCGCAUGUGAAUUGAAUGAAAACAGGGUCAAACGCUUACAACAUACUAUCAAACUAUCUGGCGCUUCUAAUAUAGAAGUUUUGCAUGGGGAUUUCCUCAAUCUUAAUCCAAAAGAUCCUUCAUUAUCCAAAGUCCGUGCCAUUCUUUUGGAUCCUUCCUGCUCUGGAUCUGGAACUGCAGCUGCUAGAUUAGAUCACUUGCUCCCAUCACAUGUUGAAGGAAAAACCUCUGAGGAUGACCUUGAACGACUAAACAAACUCGCCGCCUUCCAGAGAAAGGCUCUAGCGCAUGCAUUUUCCUUUCCAGCCGUAGAGAGAAUUGUUUACAGUACUUGUUCCAUUCAUCAAGUUGAAAACGAAGAUGUCGUCCAGUCACUAUUACCUCUUGCUGAAUCGCAUGGUUUUCAACUGGAUACUCCCUUCCCACAGUGGCAGCGACGAGGUCUCCCAGUGUUCGCUGGCGCUAACCAUCUACUCCGAACCGAUCCUGUGGAAGACAAAGAAGGGUUCUUCAUAGCUCUUUUUACGAAGAAGCAGAGCACAACGCAGCCAUUCCCCCGCAGAUCAAAUAGAGAUAAAAGCUUUAGAUAUCGUGGUAGAAAUGUCAGAAACAGUCGAGCAGUAGCAUGCCCUCCUACCAAGAUCUCCAAACUGUGGUUGUAUCAGUAUGCAUUUUCGACAAGAACACGAUGGAGAAAGAACCACUCCAUCCAAAACUAGAAGAAUAAUUUGAUUAUUUUCGAAACAAAGCAUAGUAGAAUCAAUCGAUGGAUUUUAGUUUAAAGUAAAAGACGUCAUUUCUGAUAGUAAUGUGUCAUAACCUUCUCUCGGAGGGCUUUUAGAUUGGGGAAGAUGUUCCACCGCAGGCGCUAUUGGAACCAUUAGGAACGCUUGGCGAUACAAAAUCAGUUGAAAAGAUAUCUCAAGCUUGAACAACUCUGCUCAGGUCAGUAGAACUUACAUUACAAUUCGACCUUAGCUUUUCAUUGUUAUCUUUUAAGUUUAUAAUAUUGCUUAGCGGCUCAUAGAUAUUAUUGGAUAUUUAUACGACACCAACCCAGGAAAGGAGAAAAAAAUCGUUCAAAUAGAACAGCAAACGGUAGAUAUUUCUGAUAAAACCUUAAAAUACUCAUUAACAUAAACCUUCAACACACACUACAGAGGUAAAGUAACCCCCACUUAACAGUCAUUACAUCAGAAAACCACCAAAAAGAGAGAAAAAGAAAAAAGAAAAAA